AUGAACCAGAAAAAGGUCACUGGUGAGGAUGGAACCACAGGAAAGGAAGCGGAAGCAGUGGGGGCAUCACAGCUGGAUGCUACCACUGUCGGAACUGACGAGCAGGAUAAGAACGUGAACCUGGCUCAAAGGGAUGUUGGACAGACAAAGGUCACCGAAGAGGAAUUGGCUGAACUAGGAUUGGAUGACCUUUCACUGAACGAUAAGACUGCAAACGAUGACCUUUGGGCAACUCCAAUGGUCUCAGAUGAAUCGAACGAAUCAUAUUUCACGGAUGAUGAGACGACGAUGAAUAUGUCGUUCCAAACUGCAAUGCGACAAGCCGACCGGGCUGAAGAGAUGACACCGUUCAAAGAGAUACCGGGGCAUCUUAUCGAACGGGCGCAAACAGGAAAGGUCAUCAACGUACGUCCACCGUCACCGAACAGUCCCACGACAACUUUGAGGAGACGCGUUAGUGAAUUGGAAAACGAACUCGAAGUAAACGAACGUCAGGCGGACAAGCGGAAACAGGAAUAUCGAGAAAGGCUGACGACACUUGAGAACCGCCUCUUCGACCUGGAGCAGCAACAGGGCGACCUUCAAAGUGCCGCAGACGGCUGGAAAGUCAAAUACGAAAGACAGAAGGAAUUGGCAGAUGAAUAUUUGAAAAUGGCAGAUGACAGAGAAAUGGAAGGUCAUCUUGCAGUCAAUGACCUUAACGAGAGUAUGUCGGAGGAAUCAGCGGAAAGGUCACGGCACUUAGCCGAAUUGAAAGACGAGUGCGACUUACUGAAACAAGAGGUCACUGAAGCUGAAGCAAAAAGAGACGAGUACGCGACCAAACUCGCCGAAGCCACUCAACGAUUGUUGACAAAUACUACUGAAGUAUUCAAGCUCAGAAACGAUCUGAAGCAACGGGACGAGAAUAUUGGAAUACUCCAACGAGAAUCGAAAGGUCAUCAGAGAAGAGCUGAUGAAGCCGUCCAAGCGGCUAAAGACCUGAGGGACCUUACAGCCACCGAAGGCGUGAGGCUGAAAAAUGAGAUAAAGCAGGUGACGGAAGAGAACAAAGAGUUGAAGGAAGAUAACGGAAAGGUCACUGAAGAGAAUAAAGAACUGAAAGCAACCGCCAAGACACUUGCCGAACAAGGCUUGAGGUGGGAGCACGAGGCACAUCUCUUAGACACAAAGGUCACCGCGCUCGAAUUGAAAGAUAAGGAAUGGCAACAAACCGUCCAUCAGAAGACACAGGAGAUCAGCAAACUCAACACGGAGUUGAUUGACAUGACCCAAACGGUAAUGACAGGGGAGGAUGAGCUCACCCAGACGAAGAAUCAGUUGAAGGCAGCAGCCGAAGAAUAUACGAAACUGGAAAGAGAUGUGACCCAGUUGGUGGAA